CACGUCUUGUUGGUUAGCGCUUACGUACUUUACACGUUGAUGUACAUGUAAUUUUUUGUAACAUGCUCUAGACGAGUAUAAUUGCAGGGUAGCAUUUCGAGAACACACACCUCCUGCGGGUCCGUAAGCAGCGCUAUGUAAAAAGGUUGCUAGGUUGAUAGCAGCUCCCACCUCCAGCUUCUUUUUGGGGCUUUCUGGCAGCGUCCUGGCGAGGGAGGCCCCGGCACUGAAUGGGCUUGUCCACGUCCUGCCUGCGGGGUCCUAAAAAUGUAGAGCACAAGGAAACAACUGGAGACGAAGGUUUCGUGCCGCCACCCGCUCUUCCGGAUAGAUUUGGAGGAGCUCUACCUGUCGCUAACGCUGCCAUCUGUUUAUCCGGAAGCGCCUUUGACGUGCCGGUGACCAAGCUCGCUGGAAAUGGGGAUGUAGUCCACGCAACACCAUUCGUGGUGCCACUUUUGCCCCACAACCACGGUUCUGCCAAAGUGUCCUCGUGUGAAGCAAACGGAGACUGCAUAUCCGAUGCGUCGGAGGCAUGUUGCUUCCCGGUUCACUCGUCAUCGACCGAGGUUCUUAGCUCCGUGUUCACCAGCACACAGGGCUACCCGCACUCCCUCGAGCUUGGCCCGCCCUCCUCGGAUGACGAGCAGUCGCGCGUUCAAGCGCUUCGCGCACUGGACGUGCUGGAUUCCGUGGCACACGGCAGGCGUUCCCGGCUAGAUGAGGAGGCGGACCUCAUCCUGGGAAACGUCAUGUCCAUGUUCCGGGCCAACACCGCCAUGUUGGUUUUCUUCGAGGAUUCCCGUAUUGUAAUCCGCAACGCAAAGGGGCUCAUCGGCCCAGGCGAAUUCCCCUACCGGUGGUCUUUUUGUGCCUACACCCUCACGAAGCAGCGGCCCCAAACGCUGCUCAUACCGGACGCCACAAAGGACGUUCGCUUCGCAGAGAACCCCUUCGUGCAGGGCGCACCUCACGUGCGCUUUUACUGCGGCGCACCGCUCGUGUCCUCUUCCGGUCACAUCCUGGGCACGCUGUGUUUUGCGGAUUCGGCGCCGCGCCCUGGCUUCGAUGCAGGGCAGUGCACUCUGAUCAACAACAUGGCGGAGCUCAUGGUACGGCAAUUGGAGCGGUACAAGGCGAACGCUGGACCCGCGGGUCAAAACGACGCCGAGACGACCGCCCUGGCUCGUGUGGCGCGCACCAUUGACUGCUACGAAGCCAUCACGGGUCUGGUGGACGUUAGCUUGCCGGAUGGCUGGAUGCUCAUGUAUGCGAAUGAGGCAUGGGAGCAGUGCUGUGCCCCGCUGUCACGCAAACAGAUUGUCGGGCGGCCGCUGCAAAGGUUCGUAGCUCUGGAGCCCGAGCCGUUCACCCUGAUGGACGCAGUUGCCGGCUCAGAUCGUCCGAGGAGAGGUGACGUUGUGGCACAGUCCUUGGUGGCGGAUGAUUGCGAGGAGCAGCCGCAGCAGCACCUGCAGCAACAGCAGCAUAUCACCACUAGCGGUGGCGGUGGCGGCUCGGGGGGUGUGGCCAGGGCUGGACAGCAGGGCGCUGCGCUGGGCGCCAUGCCUGGAGUUGCGCGCCGGGAUGGGCGGCAGCGGGUGGAGCAGCAGUCGGCUGCAGCACGGGAGCCGUGGGAGCGGAGCAGCGCUGCGUUGCGUUCGGGGGCGGAGGUGGACAUGGGGCUCGUGAGGCUGCUUCUGGAGGAUGGGCGGCCCACCAACACGGUGCUGAGGAUGCAUGUCAGGUCCGCCAACUGUCACGUGCUGGACGCAGCGACGCGCAUGCCGGUGGGUGUUCCGCCCCAGGCAGCGCUGCCAACCUCCAUCCUGGCCUCCGCAACUUCCUUCACAACCGCCGCGAGUGCUGCUCAUGGGCCCUCACGCCUGGGCCCGAGCAUCACCGCCGCUGGUGGUGCUGCUGGUGGUGAUGGCACUGCGACCACGGCGAUAUGCCUGGAUAUCGCGGGCGGCGACAGCAGCGGCGCAAAUGCCAAUGUGGAGGGCAACGGCGGCUGUGGCGGUGAUGCCUCUACGGCCGCCGCCGCCGCCGUGGAGCCAUUCUACUGCUUUGUCACGCUGACGCCAGUUUCCGACGCGGACGAUACCGCCGAGCAGGAGUGCGAGGACGGAGACGCCUAUGAUACAGAGCCGUCUGCCUUGUAUCAGUACCAGCGGGUAACUCCCUUGUUCUCACCGCAUGGGGCAGCUGCAAAGCCCUCUGGCAGCAGAGCGGCGUUCUUGGGCGGCAGCGGCGUCGGUGCGCCCGGCACGCCGCCUCUGUCAUCUCGCCUCAGCUUGGACUCCGCCGCCAGAGCUGCUGCACGGGGCAGCGGCGCUGGCACAGCGACUGUGGAGGCGUCCUCGCGGAGCUAUGCCACAGCGCCUGGCCAGAGGCUGACACAGCAGCAGCAGCCGGCACCACAUGGCGCUCCGGCAUGCAGGCCCUCUCCGUCACUUCAAAACUGCGGCGGCGGCGGCUGGACCGGCUCUAACAGCAGCAAGGCUUUGUUGAAAGCAUCACAAGCCGGAGUCACAAGCCGCGCUCCGAGCAACAGUGGCGGCUUGGUCGUGCUUGGCAGACCCGGCAACAAUUCCAUGGUAACUGGGACUGGCAGUCUGGCCGGCAGCGCGCUCUUGUCGUACCGUCGUACAGGUGGCGCUGGCGGGGGCACUAACGGUAUCUCCUCGCCGGCGUCAAGGCGCAUGCUGACUGGGGCUGGGGCGGAAUUCGGCUCUGGCUGGGUGUACGGCAUGGAGCCCUUCCAAGGACUGCGGCUGGGGCAUUUGCUGGGCAAGGGAGGGUACGGCAGGGUAUUUGCGGCGUCGUACAAGGGCCAACGAGUGGCAGCCAAGGUGGUGAGCAACUCUAUGCUACGUACGGCAAGAUGCGUCAACGGUGUGACGCUGGAGGCGCUGUUGGCACAGGAGCUGGAGCAUCCGUACAUUGUACGAACUUACAAGUGCGUCGUACGGUCCUACGAUGACGUCAACAACGGAAACAUAGGUUUAGGGGGACCGUUCUCCACAGCAUCUCGCGGGGCUUCUCAGCUGGGUGUUCUAAGUACGACAGCUCUGUCGACAGCGGCAAGGGGAGGUACGACAGCGGCGCCGAGGGUGCAGAGCUUUGGUGCCAGCGGCCUCGGAGGCAGUGUUCUCCUGCCGCCCGGGACCCCGUCGGAGAUGUCCGUACUGCCGUGCGGUCCCAGCGACGGUGCUGCUUCUGCCAUGCAACAGCUACCGACGAGCCCUUACACGACAGGACCUUGCGGCGUUGAUGUUGGUGGCAACAGCGGUGCCGUCUCGAAACUCAACAGCACGGCGGCGAACACUGGCACUGGCGCCGCCAUCGCCGGUGUUCCGAGUGGCGCCUGUAGCGCCGCUGCUAACGUCGCGCGGGAACAUGGCGGGGAAGGCGCUGCCUCCGCCACCGCUGGCGCCGCAGGUCAAGGCCAUGAUGAAUCUGAUGACGAGGACUUUGACUCGUUCGAUGCUGGCGGCGAAGAGAUUGGAGGCAUGAUUGACCAGCUUGCGGCCGAGCCGGCCCACAGCAUUCCCACCGACUACCGAGCGUCCCAGCAACAGCAGUCGGCAGUCUCUACCACAAGCUGGGCCUUACGCGCCGCUUUAGUCGCCGGCGUUGCUGGGGCGAACGGCAGUACGGCUGGUGGCACGCCGUACAGGCCCUCCUUUGACGCCUCUUCCGCUGCUGCGGUAUCGGCUGCCACUGCUGGCGGCGGCGUUAGCACGGCUGAUGUGUUUGGCGCAGCAGCUGCCGCUGCCGCUGCGGCGGCGGCAGGCUCGGCGACUGCGCCCCAGCGCGGCUGCGAGGGCGAGGCGCUUCCCGAGGGGGAGACCUGGAUCCUUCAGGAGUUCUGCACGGGAGGAACGCUGCAGGACGCCAUUGACGCUGGCCGCCUGCGUACGGAGCCCUCCCGGGUUCGUGGUCAGCCCAACAUGCCCGCCAUCCUGCUCACCGCUACCGAAGUGGCCACUGCAAUGCACUGCCUGCACAGCAGGGGCUACAUGCAUGGCGACUUGUCAGCGGUUAAUGUGUUGCUCACAGAGGCUCCCGCAGCGGCAGGAGGUGGAGGGGCGGAGGGCGGAGGUGCAGGAGUCCAGUUGUCCCGGGGCUGGGUUGCCAAGGUGUCUGAUUUCGGACUGGCUAAGCACCUGCCCGACCCCACCAAGCCCUACAUCAGCUCCACGUACGGAGUCAUCACGCACUGCGCACCCGAGACGCUGAAACACUACACGCAGACGCAGAAAUCGGACAGCUACUCGUUCGGCGUGCUGCUGUGGCAGAUGUUCACAGGCUCCCGUCCCUGGGCCAACAUGAACCGAUUCCAGAUCCUAGGCGCCGUAACCAACGACAACAGCACUGGCCUGCGCUUCCUGCCUUCCCAGCAGCCACCGCCCCGCUACCGCGACCUCACGGAACGCUGCCUGUCUCGCGACCCCGCGGAGCGCCCCUCCUUCGCGGAGGUGUGUGAGGAGCUGCGGCUGAUGACGUUGGAGGCGGCGUCAGCAGCGCUGAAGCAGGGCAGCGGCUAGGUGCCAGGUGCUAGGGAGUGGGGGUGAGCGACAUCGUCCAUGUGGAGGGGGAGGGCGUGGAGGCGGUUGUGGUGCUGGGGGUAGUAGUACAUCAUGGUGGCGGUGGUGGUAAUGCGGCAGUUGGGUGGCGUGUGGCUGCUAUGUGUUUGUUGUGGAUCGUUGGAACGCGGAGAGUUUAUGGCGUGUGGGUGAGUGCGGAAACCUGAAAGGAGAGAUGUAGCUUUGAGCGUGCUAGCAAUGCGGAUGGGAAGAUGAGCGAGUUAUGAGCGGGGAGGGCCGGGUGUUGAUGUGGGGCUGAAACGUUCCCUGGACACCAUUACGUGCGUGCAUGCGCGCGGCUGGUGGUCUGUGUGCAUGUUCCAACGGGCUGACGACGUCAUGUGUUGUUGUCGACGGUGCAAAGCUUGGAUUGCGCAGAGAGAGAGCAUGCCAUUUGAUGGGGGCAUGAAUUGAUAUGAACAAGGACAGAGCCACAUUAAUCGUAAGCGCUGCGCAGCGUAAGCGCUGCGUUUUACGUAUAUGCUUAUUAAACUCCUUAAAUAUAGUUCGACCUGAUUGGUGCACUGCUUUGGUUAUGUUUGGUUUGGGACUUUGGAAUCUUUCUCUCGGGGUAAAAAGCGGGUUUGCAGUACCAGUGAUUUGCGUAUGCAAAAGGGCAGGGAGCAAAUGCCUGGCAUAAGAACAGAUGCAAGACAGGCAUUCUUAUGUGCUCAUGUGCGAAAGGCACUUGCAUGGCUGAUGCACUGCUAUCGAAUACGAUGGUGAUGGUGCGAUAUGGGAGAGGUUAACGUUGUACGACAUGCGUUGGUAGCGCAGACUGAUUUAGUAGUCUUUUGGAUCCCCUUGUACGGUUUGAUGGCGUUAAAAGUGUUGCCUGGCUUAGUCAUUGUCGUUUGUGUGAAGAUGUGGAUUAAGGGGUGUGGGCGCAAUGAACGCCUACCGUUAAUGAUAAGAAAAUGUUGGAACCCAACGAGUUUCUACUUCUUGAAAUAAGACGAUGAUUACUUUUUGCGCGAUUAGAGCUUUAAAGCAGUCGUUCUGUCGGUCAGCCUACAGCUCUUGUGUAGUCACAUCAUGUGUGGGCUUUUGUUGGCGGGGACCUUGCUCCCUAGUGUUUUCAGUGCUUUACAGAACCCCAUGCACCUUGAGGGUUUCAACGUGGUAUGCAUUCAUCUGGAAUCGUAUACUAUAGAGCCCUGCUUGCUUAUACGUCGUCGGGUGCACGUGCGUGCUUGGUUUUAAGCAUGGCAGGACUGGAACCAUCCGGCGAUUAUCUACAAAUAAAUUUGUGAUGAAGGUUUGGUAGUGUGGCGCUCUGAUGCAAUGUAGAUUCCUGUAUUCGUAGUUGUAUUUGAUGUUGUGUCAUGGUCAGCGCCACCAUUAAGCGACUGCAAUGGUCCUAUGGUUUUGUAGGUGCGGGGUAUUCAUAUCAAGGAAUACGUUCUUCCCUCUCCACCUAUUGCAAGCUAUCCGGUAUAAGCUGUCCAGCU